UGAAGUUUUCAGAAGCAAAAAUGAAAUUUUCCUAAUUUUUUCUCGAAAUAAUGGCAAAAGACGCGCUUGAAACACAAUUAUUGGUGAAAAAUAGCAGUGAGGAAGUGACGCAGCAGCUGAAAAAGUUGCGGGAGUGGCAGAAAGAGAUCAAGGAGAAGGAGAAAAGUGUGAAAAUGGAAAUGGCAUCGACAUCGAAUGAGAGCAGCAACGAGCACGACAGACCCUCGGUGAAGCGUUCCAAGACGAUGGGCGACUUGCCGGACAAUCCGGAGCCCAUGGAGGAUGUCGACGAGGAAGGCUUGAAACUCGAAGCUGACACCUACAAGGCGAAAGGCAACAAUUUCGUCAAAUUGCAAGACUAUGACAAUGCCAUACACUUUUACACGAAGGCGAUCCAGUUGUACGACAAGGAUCCCUUCUACCACUCAAACUUGGCCUUAUGCUACUUACGGAAGGAGCGCUAUAACGAUUGCAUCAGCGAGUGCAAUGCCGCCUUAAAGCUGAGUCCGGCGCUGUCGAAGGCCUUCUUUCGGCGUGCCCAGGCGUACGAGUGUCUCGGCGAGAACCAAAGUGCUAUCGAGGACAUGAUGCGCGUCAUCGAGCUCGAACCGACCGUCACUUCGCACAAACGUGAUCUCGAUCGUUUGCAAAAACGACUCAACAGCGACAGCAUCGAACGCGCCUCGAAGCAUCUCGAAAAACGGGUCUGGCUGUCACUGAAUAAGAAUCAAAAGUACGUGAAAUUCAUUCACAAGGCACCCAACUACCGCUCGAAGCAACCGCUGAAGCGCAUUAAGGUGGAGGAAGUGCUGCCAUCCGUGCCUGCCUCCGUCAAUGAUUCCGGCGAGAAGAUCCCGGAUGCGAUAAUCGACAAACUUUUCAAUAAUAACACGGGUGAAUGCACGGCAGAGCCACUGCCGACGCGACAUACACUCGAUUUUGGUGCCUUUUAUCGUCGACGUCCCAAAUCGCCGCCGCAGAAACCAGAGUAUAACGACGAUAUAGAUGAUGAAUUGCCCCCUCCGCCAACAUCUGGCAUGCAAUUUUGGUUAACGUGGAAGGAAUUGUCCAACCAGAAGCGUUUCUUUUAUCUAAAGAAAUUAUCCGACAAACCAUUGAAUAAGAUACUAGGUGCUAGUCUAGAUAGUGAAAUGUUAACCGAUAUUAUAAGAGUACUAAAUGACGCGUUUGUCAAAAAUAAUUUACCUGUUGACCAUAUCUUGCGUGAAUUGGGUGCGAAUGAUCAGACACAUAUAUUGUCGUUGUUCUUCAACACGGAGGACAAAGAACGCUUAUCAAACUUGAUGAACUACAUGAAGACAAACGGUGUGGAUGGCAAAGUUACGGACGAUAUUGGAGCAAAAUUCAACCUUCGCUAGGCUUUUGGGCCUGGAAUAUGCCAAAAAAUUCGAUAUGAGAUAAACUCGCAUCAACAAACCUCAAAAAUUCAUCAAAGAAAAAAAAAAUGAAGAAUGCUCAAAAACGUCCAGUGUGCAUGUUAAAAACAUUAUUUUAAGAAUAUUUUUAAGUUAAUUCCUACCUACUUGUGAGACACUACUUCAACUUACUAAAAAUAAUUGAUGGAAGUGGAAAUUAUCGAGAAAAUCCCCCAAAAAAAUCACACAUUCAAUUGUUUAACGUUUAAGAGGGAAAAAGCCCGAAAGAUAAAUGCAAAAGACUAAAAACCAUAUUUUGUUAAUGAAAAAUAAAAUUGUAAUGGGAAAACUUAAUUUUAUUAACUUUU